GUGGCGGUGUGCUAUAAGAGGCUGGAGGAAAUCCGCCAAUAACCAAAGAAGAAGAAAAUAAGAGGCGCGCUCAGGCUCUGAGUUUGAAUCACGGAAAGGAUCUGUCGGCUGCCAGUGCCACCACAAUGGCUCAGGGUCAUAAGUUUCAAGACUUGGAGGAGACGGGAGAGGAGAUACUGGCCUUCAUCAACAGCAGCAAGACCGAGAAACUCAAACUCAUGAAAGAUGAAUAUCAGGCCCUUUUUGAUCAGCACAUUGAAACAAAGAAGAUUGUGACACAGAUUUUAAAAGAAGAGGCUCAGAUUGAAGAAAGUGUGGGCCAGAGGCUGCUGGACAUGGAGGAGGAGAAGAAGCAAAAGGAGAGGGACCUGGAGAGUCUGGAGGAGCAGCUGAGGCAGUGCAUAGCCAAGAGCCAGAUCACUGACUCAGAAUUACAGUUCCUGAAGGGAGAGUUAGAGAGUCUGAGAAACACUGAACACGAGCUUGAGACUCUUCAGAGCGAGGUGGAUGAAGACACCACAGAGGUUAUCCCUUCAGCAGUGUAUGUGGCUCAGGUGUACUACCUAAUAACCAAGAUCAAGUGGGAGUACAAUACACCACCCAACGUCGUGAAAGGAGUGCACUAUGGUGCAGACCUGGCAACUCCCAUCAACAUUGACACCUCUCUGCGAUCUCGGAGUGAAGUAAGCGACCAGCUGUGGGGCUUUGUGAGCACUGAGUGGUAGAGGAAGGAUGGUGGUGUGUAGUCAGUAAUGUUGUGUACGUUAUAUAUUAGUCUGUUAAUGUGUUUGUUGUUUUCAUAUGUUCUAUAUAAACAUCUGUAUUGAUUUUGAAAUUAAAUCUCUGAGACCAGU